AUGGAGUCGAAAACAUGCAACGCAGUGCUCAGCACCACUGAGAUUCUCGAGGCAGUCCUGGUCUAUGCAGACCCUAAGACCGUCCUCCUCGCUCGGCGAGUCUGUGUGAAAUGGAACGACCUGAUCUCCAACUCCCCAUCCAUCCAGCAGCACCUGUUUUUCCGCCCAGUCCCAGGUACGACUCCCGUGGUCCUCAACCCAAUACUAGCCGAGGCCUUCCCGCCCUUCUUCCAACGCCCAGCCCCCGCCGGGACUGAGUACGAAGUGUCGGCGCCCGCCAAGCGUUUCAAGCCAGAGGCGUGGGCGAGACAGAUACAGGAAAUGUUCUCUUUCUCUUUCUCCGAGACUCCCCUCGACCUAGGCGGACGCACCAAUGAGGCGACCUACGAUGAGGUGCCCGACAUCCAUCCGCAUUUUACCCCCGAGGACUUGGAAGGCCUCCCGCUCGCCCAGGACCGGCGCAACGCCGCCUUCCGCUACGAAGGAGCUACCUGGAGAGCGAUGCUCCCGUGCCAGCCGCCGCCCACGUCUUUCAUCUGCCUGGAGAAGGUGGAGUCCAUGGGCGGCGAAGGUCAGUACUUUCGUCGCAUCACUGAGGAUGGGGUUGUGGCCCUUGACGAUGACGGGGAGGUGCCAGAGGACAAGAAAGACCCAGGGCAGGGCGCUCCCGUCCGCAUGGAGACCCUGUUCCACCUGGUGACGGGUGGCUGGGGUGAUAAGAAUGGUUGGGUGUGGAUAUGGGCCACAGGAGGUUCGGACACGCCGAUUCCAAAGGACGUGGGGUUCAGUGUGAUUGAUGAGGCACGGAGAGAGGUUAUGAAGCGGGCUGUGCAGCGCGACGGUUUGUGUCUAAUCGAGAGCAGCGUGACACAAUGUACAGGUCCCCCAGGGCCAUGGUCCUUCGACAACAAGUUCCGAGUCAAACCUCCCUACAAUCUGCCUUGGUAA